AUGCCGUUCACGUCCUUGUGCCGUUUGGCAAGCGUUGCGAGGUAUGUGGGGGAGACAGGUAAGAACAUUGAGAAGGUCUUUGCCGAGGCUGAGGGGCUGGCACGUUCCAUGGAGGCGAUCCUGGUCUUCGACGAGGCCGAAGGCCUCUUCGGUCGCAGAAAUGCCGAGGCCGCCAGCAGCGUGGAUAAGCAUGCAAAUUUGGAUUCGGGGCUCCUGCUCUACUGGCUGGAGCACUAUCCAGGCCUGUGCAUCCUCACCACCAACGCCAGGGAUGCCAUCGAUUCGGCCUUUUUCCGACGCUUUCGCUUCAUGGUGGAGUUUUCGCCACCUGACCGUGCCACGCGAGCCAAAUUGUGGGAAGCAAGCCUGCCAAAGCUGGCUCCACGCAGUGACGAUGUUGAUUUCCAGUCUUUAGCCUCGGAGUUCGAGAAGUUCUCUGGUGGAGACAUCCAGAAUGCCGUGAUCCGUGCUGCAUCUAGGGCUGCGCUGCGGUCCGAUGAGGGGAAGAGAUGCAUUUGCAUGGCAGAUCUCAGGGACGCUGCUCGCACUGAGAGGAGCAAGGCAGACGAGUCCUUGCAAAGGCUGUAUGUGUGA